UCUAAGCUCAUCUCAGUGCAGCUGGCCCCCGCAGCGACUCCGACAUGGCCGCCUCUGCCGCCGCCUGCCGCUUGCCGCCGCUGCUGCUUCUGGCGUUGGUCAUCACCGUCGUCGCACCAGCUUCAGCCCUCCAGUUGCCCGAAUACAUCAAAGCGUGUUCCAGAAACGAUCCGGAUCUCAAUGCUUGUGCAUACAAGAACGCUCUGGAAGCUAUACCGAACCUUAUAAAAGGUGACCGCCAGUACAACGUUCCGCCGCUGAACCCGCUCAAGGUGACUGAGAUCAAGGUGAGCGGCGGCGAAGGCAGCGUAGGACUAGACAUCACUUUCAGUGACGUCAGCUUCCACGGCUUCACUGAGGCGGUCGUCAAGGAGACUAACUUCGACCUCGCCAACAACAAAGCGGAAAUUAAGGCAUCCGUCCCGGUGGGCCAACUGCUGGGGAAAUACGAGGUGGACGGCAAAGUCCUCCUGCUACCCAUCAAGGGCAGCGGAGAAGCCAACAUCACACUCACUGACUUAGAUGUCGACAUCACGGUGCAGUGGGAACUGGAGACGAAAGACGACGGGAAGGAGUACAUCAAGCCAGUGGACUCGGACAUCAAGUACGAGAUGAGCCGCGCUUACAUGUACCUGGACAAUCUGUUCGACGGGGACAAGCUUCUCGGAGACAACACGAACCAGUUCCUGAACGAGAACUGGCAGGAGGUGGUGAAGGAGAUCGGCCCCGCCCUGGCCGAGGCGCUGUCCCAGGUGGUGACGCUGGUGCUGUCCGGCAUCGCCGGCCUCGUGCCCUACGACGAGGUCUUCCCGGAGGCGGUGUAGUCCGCCGUCGCCAGUCACCACAGAACGAGCCACAUUUUUGAUUCUGUUAUUGACAUGAUGUAGACACUGUUAAGUUCUUGUGUAGUGGUGAAAUUAAAUCCAAAAUACUUCUUGCUUA